CCGCUCUUAUUUAGUAAACAAAACGCCAGUGCGGUGUUUUUUUUUUUUUGUAAUUACAGUGUUGCUUUCAAUGUAAGUGAAAAUGCUGAAAACAGUUGCAAAUAUUUGCCGCAGAGGAAACUUUUCAAAUGCGUUGAAGUCGCGAGUGCAAGGCAGAAGAUGGUUUCUGUCACAGGCGUACAGAUGCGAGGAUGCGUGGGACAAGAGACUGGAGAGUCCGCUACUUCAGCAAGUGAAACUAGAGGAGUUCCACUAUGAGGUGGAAGCUAAGUUCCAGAGCCAACAGAAGAUCAGCGCCAUAGACGUGGACCUGUUUGCGAACGCGGCGCGGGGCGUGGACCACCUGGACGAGGUGGAGGACCUGGUGCACAAGCUCCGCCUCAGCCCCAGCACGGCCGACACGCUGCCCUCGACGCCGCACGCGCUCAUCCGCCUGUUCCUGGCGGCGGGGCGCGGCGACGAGCUGCUGCGCAUCCUCGGUGACCGGCUCAACUACGGUGUCUUCCCCGACUGCUACUCCGCCUGCCUGCUCAUGGACUCCUUCCUGGAGCAGCGCAACCACACCGCGGCGGCGCAGGUGGCAGUGCUGCAGAUGCUGCAGGAGGACUGGGAGGACGAGCUGGCCGCGCGGCUGGGCCUGUACGCCUGCCACAUGCACCUGCGGCAGCCGGGCCGCUGGCUGCCCGAGGAGGUGCCGGAGCCGCCCGACGACGGGGAGGAGGUGAAGGUGAGGGUGAAGUACCUGCGCAACCCCUACUUCGACGACCACUUCGACCUGCGGGACCCGGACCUGCUGGUGGGGAAGACGCUGGCGGCCGCGGGGGAGCGGUGCGGGGGCGCGACGGGGCGCACCUACCAGCUGGUCGGCUGGGCCUUGUACGGGAAGUGGGGCCGCGCGCUGGCCGCGCUGGAGCAGCUCGCGGCCAGCCGGGAGGAGCCGCUCUUCUACCAGGAGGGCGUGGAGCGUCUGCAUGCGCUGGUGGAGCGGGCCGCCCAGCAGGAGGGAGCGGACGGCGCGACGCUCGAGCGGCUGGCCCGGCAGCUGCGUGACGUGGCGGGCGGCGGGCGGGUGACGCGCGAUGACCUCACCGAGGCGCUGGCGGGCGAGGUGCGGCGCGCGGCCGCGCGGGAUGAGCCCGCCAAGGUGGAAGAGCAGCGCCGCACGUACGAGGCCUGGGAGCGGCUGCGGCAGGAGCGCCUCCGUGCGGAGCUGCUGGAGACGCGGAAGCAGCAGCGCCGCGCGGAGAUCGCGGAGGCCCGCGAGCGGCUGGAGCGGCGCGAGAGGACCAUCUUCUUCUUCGACCACCAGGAGCGGUGGGAGCUGGCGGCCGAGCAGCACGAGCGGGCCGCCGCCGACGUGGCCACCGGCGUCGGCCACACGGCGAAGGAGGACGGGGAGGAUUACAUCCCGCCGGAGAUCAGGCGCCCCAAGACCUAGAGCCCUGUCUGUAGCCGGCUUUACUUUGUUUUGUAAAUACACUUUCCUCACUAAA